CCUCCUCCUCCGCCGCCGCCGCCCGUCCUCCCGCCGUGGCCAAGCCGGGCAGCGCGGACGGGCCGGGGGCUGCGCUGCCGGGGUGGGAGGUCUGGGGGGGUCUGCUGGGCACUUGGGCUGGAAGUUGGCGGCGCGAUGGGGAACGAGCGCUGGAAAACCAUGGGAGGAGCCUCGCAACUUGAGGACGGGCAGCAGGAGAAAUCGCAGAGGAUGAGCUGCGGGUACAUCCUGUGCACCGUCCUGCUCUCGGUGGCCGUUCUCCUGGCUGUGACAGUCACAGGGGCCAUCCUCUUCAUGAACCACUACCACACGCCCGUCACCGAGUCACCCCCCGUCAUCAGCACCAACACAGAGGAAGCCAAUGCGCUGGUCACCAUCGAGAAAGCCGACAGCUCCCGCAUCAACAUCUUCAUCGACCCCAACUGCCCUGAUGCAUCGGGCACCUUUGGGCGCCUGGAGGGGCUGCAGACCUCCCUCCUGCAUGCUGUCACCGACCACGACGCCGAGGCCAAGGCCACCAGGAGCCAGCAGAAGGCUCUGCUGGUCACCAUGGCAGAUGAGGUGGCCAAACUGCUGACACACGCCAUGCAGCUGCGCACAGACUGUGAGGGGCUGAAGAAGGGGCACAGCGCCAUGGGGCAGGAGCUCAGCACCCUGCAGGGAGAGCAGGGUAGGCUCAUUCAGCUGCUCUCGGAGAGCCAGACCAACAUGGCUCGGCUGGUGAGCUCGGUCAGUGAUGUCCUCGACACGCUGCAGAAGGAGCGCGGCAGCACCCGGCCCCGGCUCAAGGCUGACCUGCAGCGAGCCCCGGCCAGGGGAGCGCGGCCCCGGGGCUGCUCCAACGGCUCCCGGCCCCGAGACUGCUUUGACAUCUAUGCGAGUGGACAGCAAGAGGAUGGGAUUUACUCCAUCUUCCCCACGCACUAUCCUGCCGGCUUCCAGGUCUAUUGCGACAUGACGACCGACGGGGGCGGCUGGACGGUGUUCCAGCGGCGGGAGGACGGCUCUGUCAACUUUUUCCGCGGCUGGGAAGCUUACCGGGACGGCUUCGGGAAGCUGACAGGAGAGCACUGGUUAGGGCUGAAGCGGAUCCAUGUGCUGACGGUUCAGGGCAGCUACGAGCUCCGCAUUGACCUGGAGGACUUUGACAACGGAACUGCCUUUGCCCACUAUGGCAGCUUCGGCGUGGGGCUCUUCUCCGUUGACCCCGAGGAGGACGGGUACCCCAUCUCCAUUGCCGACUACUCGGGGACAGCAGGUGACUCUUUCCUAAAGCACAAUGGGAUGAAGUUCACCACCAAGGACUUGGACAACGACCACUCAGAGAACAACUGCGCGGCAUUCUACCACGGCGCCUGGUGGUACCGCAAUUGCCACACCUCCAACCUCAACGGGCAGUACCUCAAGGGCCACCACAGCUCCUAUGCUGAUGGCAUCGAGUGGUCCUCCUGGACCGGCUGGCAGUACUCGCUCAAGUUCACCGAGAUGAAGAUCCGGCCUGUCCGGGAGGAGAAUUAGGUGGAUGGCAUGAGCCCCCCCGCAGUGCCCAGCCCCUUGUCCUUCCCAACCGCCCCACAGCCCCAUCCCCCCAGCUGCCAUCCUCCCCAAGGGCCGGCCUAUCUUCCAGGGGUCCCUGGGGAGCACCUGCCCCCAGGCAGGGUGGCUUUAGCUCCUGGCCACCCACGGACAUCACCAGACUUAUGUUUCCUACUUCCAUGGCUCCCCUGCGGCCAAAACGGGUCUCCUGGCUGGAAUGUGACCCACAGCCGGUGCUUGGGGCUGUGGCAGAGAGGGCAGCAGGAUUUGGGGAGCUCAGUGGGGUGGGGUGAGGAAGGGGAGGAUGCAGCAGGCUGGGCACCUCCAUCAUCUCCGCUUCAGGCACAGGUACCUGGCAGUGGCCCAGCUGAGCUGGUGAGGGACCAGGGGACACUCACCGUGGGGAGCCCCAAGCCUCUAGGACAGGGACAAGGCUGCUGCUCUACGGUGCCAGCUUAGCCUAUGGUGCUACCAGGGACAGGGAGGUCUCAGCUGGGUUGAACAUCUGAUCAUGCCAGCGGUUCCUUCUCCGGUCUGUAAACGCUCGCCUCUCCCCCUGCAAGAGCAAUGCAGCUGGCAAGGGACAUCUACGAGCUCCUUCGUCCCCAGUGUCCUGGGUCCUGGCACCUCCCAGCGGAUUGCGGCACCCCGAAACUGGCACAGUGCUGCAAGGGCACACAUCCGGAACCCAGCACAGCACGGAGCUGGUUUGGCAGCGCUGGGGCGAGGAGGAAGAGGAGGCGAGGAAGGCUCACCUCCCAGCAAGGCUCUGUCUGUGUUUCGCAGCUCCUCUCUUCCUUCCAGACCCACUCAGACUCACCUUGGACUUUUGGCAUCCAGAUGUUGCGACCUUUCCCAAAACCCUUGACUUCGGACAGCACGCCUGCGUGCCCCCGCGCAAACCCCCUCCACUCGCUCCCGGCCCAGAGACCCGCAUUAAUUUUCACCCAGGAUGAGCCACGCUCUGGCUCAGCACCUGCAGAUAUUCAAAGCCUUUCAUUUCUUCAAAUCCCAUUAAGGUUUUUGCAAAAAGAAGCCCUGAGUGGGGCUUAACAUCUGCAGGGCUCUGAUAACCGGGCGGCAGGCGAUGCCGCGCACCGGCCGACCCGAGGAGGAGCUGCCGCGGGGUGUGGGGCUGACUUCUCCCUCUGGCUCCCUUUGAAGACUCAAACGGGGGAUUUUAACAGCAAAAAAAAAGCCCAAACCUGAGCAGGAUGUGCAGGAACAGGGAGGGGAGGGGGACAGCUGGGACAUCGCCAUCCUUUACAUGAUUUUCUGCCUGCAAGAAGGAGUAGAGCCCUCACACCAGCCCUGGCCCCAAGAAACACCAUCGGACAGACAGACUGCCUGAGGAGGGGAAGGAAGCUGCCGCCAUCCCCAUUUCCAGGGGGGCUUAAGGCACUGGGAGAUCAAAGGCUGAUCUUCGCAGCUGUGGCAGCUCUGUAUUUCCCCACAUGCUUCUCCUUUUUUUAAGCCUUUUCCACCUUGGAUCCUGUGCUGGAUGAGCCCUUUUUCCUGCGGGGCAAGUCCCCGUCUGCCUGUCCUGAUGGGGAAACGGAGACAGACAUGCACUGGGGAUCAUGGCAGCUUUCCCCUCUGCCAGGGACAAGCUCCGAGCACAGACACCGGCCCCAUCCCCAGCAACCCUGCCCGGAGCAGCCGGCUGGGCUGGCCCCCCCAGCGAUGGGGUUUGGGGGUGCUCAGUGGUGGAACCUCUUGGCCAGCACAAGAGCCAGAGCCCCUGUAACUCCCAAGGGUCAGACCCUCCGGAAAGGGUCCCACACAGGUGGGAAGCACAACACCCAUCUUUACUUUUUGUUCCUUUAUUUUGGUGGAUUAGCUGUAGCUGAGUUCUCUAGCACUUGUUUUCAGGACAAGAAGGCACACGGAGCCACGUGCCCCAAGCGGGAAGGUUCAUCCCCUCCCUGGACUCCCCCACUGGUGUUUUUCCGUGCUGGGGAGGGGACAUUGUACAUGCAGGUUGUCAGCAGCACACCCUUGUGUAACUGCCCGUGUCACCCCCGACCCCCCAAUGGUUUUGUUUUGACUUGUGCGAGAGGUAUUUAAUCCACGCCGAGACACAGGAUUUCCCAGGAUAAUUCCCAAGAGCGCACGCGUCGCUCCAUGACCCCGGAUUAGGCUUAAACCCGUCCGUGGUGACACGUCCCUGGAGAGGGGUGGGCAGGGGUGGCCGCAGGUCCGGAAUGGUGUCACGUACCUUCCCAAUGGAGCCCUGGGCUGGGUCAUGGUGUGUAGCGGUGCCGUGACGUCUAGGUCAUGUGUGAGUGUGUCCCACGCUGUACAUGUGGACUUUCUAAACUCCUUAAUAAAAGGAACUCAUCGUUA